GACGAACGGCUUCGCGAGGCAGUGACGCUGACGCGAGGGAGUCGGUAACCAGGUAACGCCGCGUGCCGCUUAACCGCUGCCAGUCCGUCCCUCGCGGCACCCAGCGGCGGCAGGUCAGCGUUCACUCACCGUGGCCGUGGCUGUCCGGUUCGUUCGUGCUGCUUAUUCCACCAUCCGAGGACCCCCGGCGUGAACGUGACUAAGUGCCUCCGCACCUUAAGAUUUCUUUUGCUCUGAGACACUGAAAUAUUACUGAUACUAAUGGAAGCAGCGCACAAAACAUCAAGCUGCCCAAGAUUCACAGAUGUGGGGGAGAGUGAGAGCCAAGUCCCUGAAGGCAGCAACCUUUUGAGGAAGGAUAUUGAGAGUGCCAGUGAGCUGAUUCAAACUGGCUCUCAUCUUGGUGAACAUGGAUUUACUGAUUUAAUUCAUGACGGAAAAGAAGCAACAGCCAUCAAACAGAGGUUUAGUGAACAAGAUCUGGGGUCUGUGGGAUUAUCUAGAAAUGUUGCCUCUAUUCACCGCACUCAUUCUUUAGGUGAAAAAUCAUCCCAAUCCAAAGAGUUGAAGAAUGUGCCUUGGCGGUGUCAUAGCUUGGGUAGCAUAGCUGGAUGUACGGUUUCAUGGGAGGAUAUAGUUGAUGAUGUAGUUGGUGAUGAACUGCUAUUUAAGCCACCUUCAUAUCCCAUUAGUGAAGGCUUUCAUAGCUCUAUUUCAAAAGAGGAGAUGGAAAUGAGCACUACAGACGAAGUGCCAGAACCUUGCCAAAGAGGAAAAGAAGGAGACCUUGAGUUUUCAGAGCCUCUUAUAAACCCCAGUACCAGUCUCAAAAAGCUACUUACAUCACAGAUUGAGCAUGCAGCUCAACUUCUGUCACUUUCUGAGCCAAACCGAGGUUCAGAUGCCAGCCAAGACCGGAGCUCUUCCAGCAGCACAGCAGGAUCAGAGCACAAAAAUUCUGAUGUGGGUCCCUCAAAUGAUCACGAUAAUUACAAUACUCUCCUGAUGCUUCCAAAUAUGUCAUCGGGAAAAGAGAGAGAACUAACUAAACUACUGGAGCAGGAAAUAAAAUAUCUUGAAGAAAAACCCAGCAAUGAUGAGAUGAUGCAGUAUGCUCACCUAGCCUUUAAUCCCAGUGCACCAUCUGUGCUGCAACGUCAGAUAGCAGAUCUGAAGAGCCACAUUAAUGAUUUACAGGAGGCUAAUGAGAAUGCUGUUAAUGAAUUAGCCAAAGCUGAUGAAGAGAUUUCCCAGCUGAGGACUGAGAUAGCCAGACAAAAAAUGGAAUAUGAAAUGAAAAUUCAAGAAGCACUGCACAGGACAAUCCAUUUCAAAGAAAAGCAAAUGGAUAUGAAGGUCAGAAAAUGGGAGGAUGAAGACUUCCUUCCUGUGGUUCAUGACAAUACCUUAAAUCCUCAUGGAGAGAUCUGUCAGCUCCGAAUUGAAUCCCGAAAACUCAGGGAAGUUAACCACCGGCUAAAUGAAGAGAACCACUGGCUACAAGAAGAACUGUGGGAUAUGAAGAGGCAGUAUGAGAGGCUCCUGAAAAAAAUUCUUGAUGAGAAGACUGAAGGGAAAAUGAAAGGUGAUGCAUCCUUUCAAGAAAAAAGAAGAGAAUACAAUGGUGGUCUAGAGAAAGUGGCACCACUUGAAAGGCCUCUGACCUUAGCCCAGUUGAGAUAUGGGAGUAUGAAAAAGGAACCCCAGAAUGAGCUCAGUGGCAUGAAGAUGACUUCUUGGGAAGAACGGGAAAAGGACCGAACAUUACACAACAGCUCUCCAGUGUCAAUGGACAGUGAGUGUACAGACUUCCUGCUCAUGGGAUUUAAAAAUAAUUUCCCUUCCAGACAGCUGGAGUCAAAAGACAGACUACAGGUUGACUCUGAUGAGACGAGUGAUGAUAUGUCAUCAAUCAGCCAGAACUGCAAUGGUGUCCUUUCCUCUAUCCACUCCAACAUACCCAUAGUGUCUAAUAAGUCUGUUAAUGACCGUUGCCCAGAAUCCUGCAACACUGCAGACAUUAGCAGGCCAAAUUUUAACAGAUUUCACCUGUCUGGAGUUGUAUUACCGAGACGGCCAUUUGCUCCAAGAAGCACUGCAGACCUCAAAGUGGGAAACUUGGUUAAGUUUUCUCGGCCUGGUGGGAAAAUCAGCAAAGGUACCAUUAAAUAUUUGGGGAACCUCCCAGGGCGACAGGAAAUCUACCUUGGAGUGGAGCUGGAGGGAAGUGAGAUUGGAAAGCACAAUGGGACUUUUGAAGGGUCAAGAUAUUUCAUAUGCAAACCCAACAAAGGAGUCUUUGUCUGUUUUAAUAAAGUGAUCAUGGCAUGGGAGUAGGACUGCAGCAGAAUGGCCUACACAUUUUUUUUGUUCUUUUUCUUAGCUACACCCUUAGGAUGUGACAUUACAUUUUAUAAUUUUUUAAUGGAAAUAUUUUUACUUUUGUACUGUGAUGCAACCUUUCACUAAUUUUUGUGAGUAAAUGUUUUAAAACAAGUGUUGACACGAGUAGACAGACUUGUAAUAUUCUGUUAACUCACUCUUUCACAAAAAAACGAGUCAGCCAUUUCUUAAGCAGAGUUUUUUCCUCCAGUUGGUUAACAUGCCUUAAACACGUUUUUUACAUUUUUUAAGCUAUAAUAACUAAGACAUGCACUUUGGGAUAACAGGGAAGAUGAAUUAGAGAAAAAUGGGUGAGUUGGGGGCGGCACGGUGGCACAGUGGUAGCGCUGCUGCCUCGCAGUAAGGAGACCCAGGUUCAUUUCCCAGGUCCUCCCUGCGUGGAGUUUGCAUGUUCUCCCCGCGUCUGUGUGGGUUUCCUCCCACAGUGCAAAGACAUGCAGGUUAGGUGCAUUGGCGAUCCUAAAUUGUCCCUAGUGUGUGUGCUUGGUGUGUGAGUGUGUGUGUGUGUGUGUGUGUCCUGCGGUGGGCGGGCGCCCUGCCCUGGAUUUGUUCCUGCCUUGUGCUGGCUGGGCUUGGCUCCAGCAGACCCCUGUGACCCUGUGUUAGGAUAUAGAGGGUUGGAUAAUGGAUGGAUGGAUGAGCUAGUUGUGAGCAAGAGUGUGUCAUGUGGAAGCUAUGGAUAAGAGGGGUGGACAAUGGAGAGGUUUUUAAUAAAAUCUUUUUCUUGUAUAAAAAGGACAUCAUUUUAUGAUAUUAAUGAUUAGACAGUUGUCAUCUUUGCUAUUGCAUAAAAACUCCACCUACUGUAUAGAUAACUAUUAAGCCAUCCAUCUAUUGAUUAUUUAAGCUGCUGUACACGGUGGCGGGCGUCAGAACUCAUCACUACCAUAAUCCAAAUGCAAAACAAAAAUGCUUACAAAUUUAAAAUCAAAAUUAGCACAGUUUCAGAUAUGUUUCUGCUCUUAACCUUGUUUGUAAAUAACACUUGAUUUUCUCUACAACAUUUAUUAUUCUGAACCAGUCACCAAGAUCACUGCCCGAAAGGAGCACUUUGCCCAUCUCUCCAUUUUCUAAUCCCCUUUUAUCCAUUUUAAGCACUGUACACAACACCUCUCUAUUAAAGAGCACAAUCAAAAAUACAAUUCAAGCUAACCUUAGUCCCAAACUGAUGUCAUGCACAUAUCUCAGAGAGUACCCAGAAAUGCACAGAGAGAACAUGGAAACUCCACAGAGUCAACCCAAAGUCCUCAAAGCCCAAGUGACACAACCUCCAGCAAAUUUCCUUUUUUCUACAAACUGUUUGAGACAUUUCACUGAAUGCCACUUGUUUCCUUGUUGCUAAUAUUCACAAGGCAAAACAUUUGUGACAUUUUGAAAAGUUACUGUGAAGAUAUUUUAAUAUAUACAGUACAUAACUUAUUUUAGAGUGUGUAUAAUAGUGAAAUUGAUUUUAUUUUUGAAAACAAAAACCUGGACAAAUGGUAACCUUGCACAAUGUUGUCUGAACUGUGAAUACUUUUGCUUUUAAUAAAGGUGAUGUUUCAGUGGUUUUAA